GGAUGUUGAAGUGACACCGCCCAUUUCCCCUACGAGCCGAGUCUAUUUAAAGACGCAUCCUAGAAUGCCGCUGAAUCUCGCUCUCCAAUCUCUCGUUUGAGGAUGCUGGCCUCUCCCUUUGUUCUCAUACAUCGUAUCCUGUGAUUGUGUCAAUCUAAACCAACACACUUAUAUAGAUAAGAUAGUUUGUGGGUAAUUUUGUACACAACGUGAUUUUCAUAAUUUCUGAGGCGAGCAUGCACUGGAUUAAUGUAUUAAAAAGCCCGUGCGUAGAGUGACGUCAUCCCGUAACCCCCGUAACAGUGGAGAAUAGAAUAGCAAUAACUAUCGAGCUAUCGAUUGUGAAGCUGAAUAUUUAAGUAUCCUUUGUUAGGCGCGACGUCGCUCCUGCCUUGAUGUUAUCGAGAAUAUAAUGUAAUAUGUUGACUGAAAAACACCUAUGAAUCUGUCCUGUGGAGAUAUGCGUUUGAAAUAAUACAUCCCUAUCUUCAAUGUCAGUUGAUACCGGCAGAGGAAGGAAAAGGAACCGCCUCGAUGUAACUGAAGGCUGACAUACGGGACUGACAAGAUCUCCACUACGUGCUACCGUGUCUCUCGCUCUCUUCUCGAAACCGGCAUCGGGAAUUCGCUUUUUAUGCAGAAAGAUUCUACCAAGAAGAGCGAGGAUAAUAGGAAGUGUGUAUCGUUCGCAGUUUAGCCACGGAUUUUGUUGUGGUUGUGAGUUGGAUCUCUGGUGAAGAUUGGGGUACACACGACAUCCUACGGAGGUGGUGGGAUACCAAUACAUAGUAGCGGCAGUCUGUAGGAUCACAACAAACCCUGUCUUAUCAAACAUGGGGUGUACUAUGAGUGCAGAGGAUAGGGCCGCUGCCGAGCGGAGUAGAGACAUAGAAAAAAAGCUCAAAGAGGAUGGAAUACAAGCAGCUAAAGAUAUAAAAUUACUACUAUUAGGAGCUGGUGAAUCAGGAAAAAGUACUAUAGUGAAGCAAAUGAAAAUUAUCCAUGAAGGUGGAUUUACAAGUGAAGAUAACAAACAGUACAAACCCGUGGUGUAUAGUAACACUAUCCAGUCCCUGGUCGCCAUUGUUCGCGCCAUGAGCACACUCAACAUCCCGUACGGCGAUAACGAACGAGAGGAGACAAAGUCUGAUGCAAAGAUAGUCCUGGAUGUGAUAGCCAGAAUGGAGGAUACGGAACCGUUCUCAGAGGAACUUCUGGCCGCCAUGAAACGGUUAUGGGCAGAUACCGGUGUCCAGGAGUGCUUCGGGAGGUCGAAUGAAUACCAGCUAAACGAUUCAGCGAAAUACUUUUUAGAUGACUUAGACCGAUUAGGAUCAAAAGAUUAUAUGCCUACAGAACAAGAUAUAUUAAGAACAAGGGUUAAGACGACUGGCAUAGUAGAAGUACACUUCUCUUUUAAGAAUUUAAAUUUCAAAUUAUUUGAUGUAGGAGGUCAAAGGUCUGAAAGGAAGAAGUGGAUACAUUGUUUUGAAGAUGUAACAGCAAUUAUAUUUUGUGUUGCUAUGAGCGAGUACGACCAGGUCUUACACGAGGACGAAACGACAAAUCGAAUGCAAGAGAGUCUAAAGCUGUUCGACAAUAUUUGUAACAACAAAUGGUUUACAGAUACCUCCAUUAUUCUGUUCUUGAACAAGAAGGAUCUUUUCGAGGAGAAGAUCAAGAAGUCAUCACUGACCAUCUGUUUCAAUGAGUACACAGGAAACCAAACUUAUGAGGAGGCAGCUGCUUACAUUCAGGCUCAGUUCGAGGCUAAGAACAAGAGUUCAUCGAAAGAGAUCUACUGCCAUCAGACGUGCGCGACGGAUACCAACAACAUCCAGUUUGUAUUUGACGCCGUCACCGACGUUAUCAUAGCUAAUAACCUGCGUGGAUGCGGAUUGUACUAGAAGUACUGGGACUGUUCCUAGGACUGGGACCCGGCGAGGUCACUGGGACUGUUCCUAAAUCAUCUAUAUACAGAUCGGAAGUGAGCAUGUGUUGAGAUUUUUAUGUGCAGUGUAAGAAUAUGUGACCUUAAUUUUAAAAAUAAAAUUAUGAACAAAUACCAAUUAUGGCGAUGCCUGACUGCUUGCAGAGACAGAUCGGUUGACAACAGUAGGAAUCUUUUGUCAACACAUACGGUGUGAAAUCAGAGCGGGUGACAUAUUUAGAGAGAUUGAUAUCUCUUGUGAAAGACUAUGUGCAUUGGACUGCUCUCUCUCCCUCUCUCUCGCUCUGGGUUCAGAGUGACACGUUGCUAUAGAGAGUAAGAAACAUACUACUAGGCUACCGUAGCAUUCUGUUCUCUGAACUACACAGUAGCCUGAUGAAGUCAGUAUUGAUCGAACACUGCGUGGUUCCUCAUAGACAGGCGUUGAGGCAAAAAUCGGUAAUCAAUACCAAUAUGUCACAGCCAUCUUGGAUUAAUAGCACGGCGUCAUACACCGGAAAUGACGUAUGCGAUGCGAUAUCCAAAUAAAACAAACUGCAUAGCACAUAGACAACUCAAGAAGAAAAUAACAAAAAGGACCGGACGUGGAUGUAUCAUCUUCCUGUAGGCUUCUGCAUGAGAACUUUAAUAUUCUCGUAACGAUCAAUAUAUAUGGUUUUCUUUUCUUUCAGCCUUGAUACCACUCUGCAGCGUCACAUGGUAAUAUAUAAUAUAUAUAUAUAAAUAAAUAUAUAUAUAUGCUGUAUUAUGUGAUAGCGGUGAGAGAAACGUGUAGGCCUGUGAACAAGCGACAAAUACAUGUAUCUAAUAAAAGGUAUUAUUUAGUUUGUAAAAGGCUAUUUCACUUACAUGUGGACAAACACUGAAGUUUGUCGUGCUAUUUAACCAUCACCCACUCGAGCUGUGCACACCGUACCUGUAAUUGUGUAAACUAUAUGUAAAACGAAAGUGGUGGAAUAUUUGCUAUAAAUGCGUGGUCCUAUAGACAAACCUAAUCCAUUCUAUUCUUUCAGCACCUCAAUGUUUCUUAAUUGUUUCGUAAUCAUUAAAGUUAAAAUAUGCAUACAAUUAGAUCAAAAUUCUAAAACAAAAAUCUAGCAUAAUGAAUAGAGAUAACUUUAACGGGACAAUAAGAAUAAAAGUGGGGAUCUCUCUGGAUAAAGUGCUUCGUUUUUCUCUUUUAUCAAAGUGCAUGUUUAAAUCUUGUUGUAUAAGAACACAUCUGUCCAUGUGUUCUGUAAGUGAAUGGAUUGAGUGCCUGUACCGUAGCUUGCAGUCACAUUCUCUAGUUCAGUGUAUGUUUGUGUCAUAUUUAUAAGCAAGAUAAAUUAUAGUGUAUAUUUGUGGAUAUUUGUAAGUGUUAUCCUUUUUUUUAAAUCUUGACAUAAAUGGAAAUAUAUACAAUACAAAAUAAGUAUUAUGUAACUCAUAACAACCAGUUUAUGAAUCGUGAUCACCUGCUCUAGCACUACCCUAUAUUGGGACCAUUAAAGCUUUGGCAGUUUGCCAGAGUUAUAAAAAGAAAACGGCUAUCUAGCCCUCUUAGGACCUGCCAAGCUUCGUCCUUUAUGGGCCAGGAGUAGUGGGAAACUAGCCCCUUGGUACUUGUAGAUUGAUGUUAUACAUUAUAACGAGGAGUGGGGAGGGUUUCUAAGUAUAAGGGUGGCUCUAAUAUGUCCUGACAUCAUGUCAUACUAUUAUGAAUUUACAUAUCUCUGCUUCUACGGAUGUACCUGUACAUAUACAGGUGAUUAUAUAUUUACCUCCUAAAUACACUACUCCUGUGGCAUACCAUGAUGUACUUGUUUCCUUUGAUGCAAACAGUCCUGGACACGGUAGAUACAUUUUAUAACUUGAUGUCUCAUGUAACUGUAGUGGUAGACGUGUAUAGCCAGUCCUGUUUUCAUUUCCAUGACAAGAGUAAGUUGAGAGUUACCUCCUCUUUGAUGAGAGUUUGCAGAUCAGCUUAUCCGAAAAUAAAGAAUGUUUUUGACCAUGAUUAAUUGACAGGUCUACCGCCAUUACCGUUUCCAUGACUACCGUGUUAUUAACAUAUUUUUACAUCCAUGUUUAAUAUGCUAAUUGAUGAGAUCUACGUAGUCCAGCUGUCAUGCGCAUAGCGACUUAAUGGAAAAGCGCCAGAGAUUUGUUUUUAUUUUGUGUUUUUGCAACUGAAACAUCAACCUAGCAAAUGAAUAUGAAAGAAGUGAAAGUAAAUCGAUAUGAUCUUGAGAAUGCCGGCAUUCUCAGUCAAGUUCGCUUGGGGUACAUUAAGUGCUCGGAUUCGUAUAUUUUUGAGAAGUGAUUUUUAAAGUCUUUGACUUGUGGAGAUAAUUCACUUCCGUAGAAACCGUGAGAUUCCGAUGAUUUCAUGGAGAAUUAUUGAAAUCACGGGCAGGUGCAAUUUAUGUUCAAUUUAACGUUUGUGAACAAGGCUUUCAUAGAAAACGAAAGGCCCAAGUUAUGGGUGUCAACGGUCGAGUCUCUGAAGUAAGGACGCACAGCGCCUCUAGAUACAUCGACCAUACAAUGCUCAGCCAGUCAAAAAAGUACCAUCAAAGAAAAAUGUAUGGCUUGUCAUCUCAGACGUUCUGCGUUUUUAUGAGGUAGAGACCCGUUGGCAAGAUCGAUUUUGUGUUGGAUAUAAAAUCAUGGGGCAGAUAAUGCUCAGAGAAUUGAAGCUAGGGAGGGGCGGGGACCAAAUAUUUAAAUCUGUACAUGUUACUAUAGUGUAUACCGAGUGUUGCUGAUGUAUGUUGAUUAAGACGCUGGCACUGUUAGCUGUUUUAUGUUAGUAUGACAUAAACGCUCAAAUGCUGUAUUAUAAUAUAUAUAUUGGUGUACGUAAUACCAUGCACGCCAACUGCCAGUCUCUUCUGUCGAGUUUAUUGUCAUCACGCAUGCGUCGAGCGGUUGGUCGGUCAUCACGCACGCGUAUGCCGGUUGGUCGGUCAUCACGCAUGCGUCGACCGGUUGGUCGGUCGGCUUAUUUAUUUAUUAUUGGUAUAUUAUAGAACUGUGCAAUAUCUGAUUGUAUUGUGAUUCUAGUCGAUGUGUUAUGAAAGGUGGGUUUUAUCAGGACAGGAGGAUGUGCGUGUGUGCCUUUCCUCUGUUGCGAUCGAUAGGGUUAAUUAAAUGUGUGUGGAAAAACUAGUCUAUUUUUCUUUUCUGUGUUUGUUGUUCAUUAUAGACCACAAAAACAGAUCGAAUGAUUGUUAUGAUAAUAUAUUACAUCAUAUCGCUUUAUAUCACAAUUCACUUUCUUCUGCUUUCUCUGAAUUAAUAAAAACAAAAACAAAUACCCUGCAAAAUAUCUUUCUACUUAUUCCGUGUAUAGCUGACGUCCACGCGACAGGAGUAUCCUUACGUUCAGUCUCGGGAGAUCGCUCUACCAUUGCAGUAGUGGUUUUGAAUCGGUUUAUUAAGUAUCCUUUGAAAUAGAUUCAUGACAUGAUAAUUAUUCAUUAAUUUAUCCAUAAAAAGUCCCUAUACUUAAUUUUUAUUUGAAUGUCGACAUUGGUGUACCUGUAUUUUAACAUUGACUAUACUAGUACGAUAUUUGCAUGAGUAAAAUCUUGGCAUAAGAGGAUGUACGAUUAUACAGUAACGUGUGGUAAGUGUACCUCCUUGGUGUGGCUUCUCAGGAGGAAACAAUACCGACACACGUAAACAACUUGUAUGUUUUAACCGUUUUUGAUUUGUUUUUCCUUUAAGGAAGUCAUUAAUUUGUAGUCGCCAGCGCACAACUUUACGUUACCUUCCAUUCAUUUGUACAUUGACAAAUAUUGUGUAGAUUCAACAGCUUUCCGAUCAAGAUUUAACUUAUUAUUAACUUACUUCAUUUGCAACGGAUUUGUGCAUUAUCUCAAAUUAGAACAAAUACACAUGUGUGUGUUUGUGAUUUAAAUCUUGAUUGAAUUUGUUGAAUUACGAACCCGAUUUAAUGUGAAUUUACUCCCCGUUACGUGACAGUAUAAUCUAGGUAAUGAAUAUUAUCUUAAGAACUUAGAUUUGAUUUCUAAAUCAAUAUUUGGUAUCGGCGUAACUAUUGUUUUGCUUGAGUAUGUGUUGGCUACGGUUGUUGAUUUUACUAAAAGGUCAAAGGUCAAAUGUGAUUAUCAUGAUAAACUGUUUUUCUUUUCUCACCAAUUGAAUAUAUAUUAUAUAUAUAUAUAUCUAUGUAUACUGUUUCUAUAACAACAGUGAUGUGUUUGAUGGAGAUCAGCCGAGCGUUGGUGUGUUGACAGAUUACAAUUUCAGUUGCUAGUUUGUGAUUAUGCUAAUUCGAUGUUUACAUUAAAUUUGUUAUGCUGAAUAUUCGUAACUUGCUAGAAAUCCUACAAAUAAAAAUACCACCUAUGUGGAAAAUAUAUCAGUUUCCCUUCAAGUUAAUUGCGACAAAAAUAAUGCGAAACAACGUCAGAGGUUCGAACACGUUAGCCGCUCUCCUCGUGCAUUUACCGAAGAAGGCAAAAUCAAAAGCGUGUCCAUUCAAAUGCUUCAUUGACGAUAUGAUCAGGAUGACACUCAUUUUGCCUGGUAUGAAGUUCUGUCCAUAUCCUGUAAUUCAUGUGAAUGUAUUGCCAUUCCGUCAUACUUUAUAAGAGUAACUAUCUGUGAAUUCUGAAAUCCUUUUGAACAUCAAUAGCAUUCUUUCGGAAAGCAUUAAAUCAAUAGUGUAUAACCAAUUUAUCUACUUUCAAAAUAUAAUGUUAACUGGUUCCACAAACACCUAUUUGUUUGAACUUUGACCUCUUGGUUUGUCAUUAUGCUGACUGUGAGUUGGUAGAAAGUUUGCCAAGUAUGUCUAAUUACUGUUGUGUACCCAUCAACGCUUUAGUCUCCUUCAGUAUAGUGUCCUUACUACCAUCAGUAGUGUCAUGGCGUCAUCCGAAUCUUACCUGCGAUUCACAACAGCAAACCUAAACUAUCCAAUCAGCAACACAUUCACUUACUGUUAAGCCACAUCCUGUAUCAAUCCACCAAUCGUCAGUCAGUCUAUCUAUAGUCACCCACACACACAGGAAGUGACGUACAACCUCGUUUUAACUUAGACCGUUAAUCAUUUGAAAGUCAGUCUGAUCCGGUGGUGCGUAUUCCCCGACAAUGUGUACCAUCAUUAACAAUCGCCACAAAACUGUAUCGCCGAUCUCUUCAUAAGUUGUAGACGAAUUGCAAAAAUGAACAAAAACUUGUUUGUGUCAUUGUCCCUAUCUUAAAUUAACUUGAAAUAAAACCUAGCAUUUUAUCAUAAAA